AGCGGCUUGGCGAAUUACCCUAGGUACCUGGCCCUGGCCUGGAACUUACACAAACCAGCAGGGAUUCUGUGUGAUCGAGACCGGGAGUCUCGGAAUCUGCCGAGAUCUGAGUCCCGUCGAAGGCGGGUAGAAUGGCCAAGAGUGGGGGGCCGGUUUUCAACCCAGGUGAGGGGCAGGAAUUGUUCUGGAAAGCCAGGUUCAUCACAUGGGCAGCCGCUUGUUCAAUCCAAUCUCAGGCAAGGAACAAUCAGGAACAGUCAGACUUGGCUGCCAUGUGGAUGUCGCGACGGGAUGAGCUGGCAUUUUUGCCUGCCAGCCUACGCCGUGCCCUACGUCGGAGCCCUUCCUUCAAGUUCCACUGGACCGUUGGGAAGACCAGUCUAGUCUUGAACUCCCAAAACUCAGAACCUGAAGUCAGGUGGGGUGGUCUCUGCUGCCCGGUCUUCUGGUGCGUUAGCAGCCGAGGAAGGGAGGCCUUGAUGUCAGCGUCUACAGCAGCCAUUGGCGGUGCGAUGCCCAAGCAGCAUGCCCAGCAGACACGAACACUCCUGAAUCAAGGCUUGACUUCGUCUCUGAGCCUUCUCUUAGGCCAGCCUCGGCCGACUUGAAGCCGCUUCCUCGGUCAACAGGGCCUUGUCAGUUGUUUCGCGGACUGCAUGGUGUCAAGAACGCGUUCCAGACUGCUUCUCCCGCAGAGGGUCUGGGCACGUUCCAAGCCCUCUGUCCUGUGGGCCAAGCAGGGGAAGUGCUGGUCCGACUGCGGCGUGUAAGCGG